AUGACCACAGUUCGCUGUGUUCUUGCUAUUGCUGCUGCCAAAAAUUGGAUUAUUCACCAAAUGGAUGUCAACAAUGCAUUCUUACACGGUGAUCUUGAUGAGGAAGUUUACAUGAAACUUCCUCCCGGUUAUUGUCCUAAGGGGGAGACACGGGUUUGCCGUCUACGGAAAUCCCUCUACGGCCUCAAGCAGGCCUCCCGUUUUGUUCAGUCUCAGGCAGAUCAUUCUCUUUUCACCUUGAUCACUGCUACCAACCUCACCAUUGUUCUUGUUUAUGUUGAUGACAUUUUGGUUGUCGGCAAUGAUCUUUCUCAGGUUACCUACUUCAAGACUAUUAUUUCCACUCACUUCAAAACCAAGGAUCUUGGUCCUCUCAAAUAUUUCCUUGGACUUGAAGUUGCUCGCUCUCCUUCUGGCAUCUUUCUUAAUCAACGGAAAUAUGCCCUCGACAUCCUUACUGAUAGCGGCCUUCUUGGUUCUCGCCCUGCUUCCUUCCCUAUGGAACAAAACUUGAAGCUCAGUGACACUGAUGGCGAUCUUCUUCCUGAUCCCGGCCCCUAUCGACGGUUAGUUGGACGACUCAUUUAUCUCACCAUUACCCAACCCGACAUUGUUUUUGCAGUGAACAUUCUCAGCCAAUUUAUGCAUGCCCCCCGGGUUCCGCACAUGACUGCUGCCACACAUGUCCUUCGUUACAUUAAAGGCACCCCAGGCCAAAGCAUUUUUUUCUCUUCCUCUAAUGAUAUGCAUGUUAGUGCUUAUACUGAUUCUGAUUGGGCCAGUUGUCCCACCACUCGUCGCUCCACUACCGGUUUCUUUAUCACACUUGGUUCUAGUCCCAUUUCUUGGCGUACUAAGAAACAGACAACUGUUGCUCGCUCCUCUACCGAAGCUGAAUAUCGUGCCAUGGCCGUCACUACAUGUGAACUAGUCUGGAUUCAACAACUACUUCAUGAUCUUGGCAUCUCUCACAAAGACCCUAUGACUCUCUAUUGUGACAAUCAAUCUGCCCUUUAUAUUGCUCAAAACCCAGUUUUUCACGAGCGUACCAAACAUAUUGAAAUUGAUUGCCACAUUGUUCGUGACAAACUUCGUUCGGGUCUCUUCACCACCGCUCAUCUUCCUUCUUCAGAGCAGAUUGCAGACAUCUUCACCAAAGCCUUGGAUGCGAAGUGUGUUUGA